UUUAAGGAGCCAUUAGACACUGAAAUCUGACGGCAGUAUGUUUAGUUUUACGUGGAUUCAAAUUUCCUUAUUCCUGAUGCUGCUGCUUUAUUUGACAGCAGUAACAGGAAAAGAAUUCCACAUCACUGUCAGAGAUGGCGAUCAAGCUAGUUUGCCUUGUGAAAACAUGAUAAAUGACCAGGAGAAGUGUGACAGCACUACGUGGAUCUAUGGUGUUUCACAAAACUCAACAGCGGUAGAGCUGGUUACUCUUGGGCAGAUUGGUAAGAAUGCAAAACAUAAAUCAGACAGACUGAGUGUUUCAGCGAACUGUUCUCUGGUUAUAAAGAAGGUCACAGCUGAGGAUGUUGGACGCUACACCUGCAGACAGUACGAAUCAGGACAACAACAAGGUCCAGAUGCGCUGGUUUAUCUCUCGCUCAUUACUGUUAGUGGACAUAAGAGCCCUAAAACGGUGAUGCUGUCCUGCUUUGUGCUGACAUAUGGAGACUGUAGACACACGGUGAAAUGGCUGCAUCAGGGUAGUGACGUGGAUAAAGAUGGCCAGGACAUGAGGACGUCCCAGUCAGGCUGCUCUGCUACCAUAUCCUUCAAGACCUCCUAUUAUCAGGAGAAGCCAGGAUACUUGGCAACGUUCAGAUGUGAAGUGACAAACAAAAACAAUCAAGAAGUUCAGCUUUGUAGCUUCACCCCUUUGUCGUCAUGCGAGAAAGCAGGUGUGGAUCCAACAAAAACUUCAGUGGAAUUAAUAACAACUGCAUCACCCACAUUAAGCUCCACAACACAAGAAGCUCAUACAGAUUGUUCUUUGCUGAACUACGUCAUGCUGGCGAUGCGCGUCGCUGAACUCCUUCUAAUUACUGUGAUUACUGUUGUUCUCGUCAGAGCUCGAGGGAACAAGAGGCCACCUGAUGCCAUCAUUGUUUUAAACUCAGUAGGAAGCCCACCAGUGACCCUUUCUGCUCCAGCAGCCCAUCAGCAGGUACAAGAUGAAGCUGCAGUGAACUAUGAAAACUUGAGAGGCCCUUUUGCUUCUGUUAAGCUCCACUGAUCAACAACGUCCACAUCAGUUCACAGAAAGAGAAAAGAAAAGAAGACCCUUCUAAUAGGAGCUAUUUGUUGAAACACUGGUUGUUUUUUAAUAUGUGACUUUGAAUUUUCUUUUUUCUUUGUUCACUCAUGAAAUUAAAUACUUUUCAUUCAGCACUAUUGUCACCAUUACUUAAUAAUUCUGUGUAUCUGAAAAAUUUGGUAGUGUGUGUGAUUUAUUUUUUUAUUAGUACUGAUGAUUAACAUCAACAACAUAAUAAAAAUCAUUCAUUGACA